UUGCUUUUACUCAUAAAUGUUAUAUUAUCUUGCAGGUAGCGAGAGGAAAGGGAAGAAGAUUAUACCAAUAGGUAUGAUAUCCGCAGCUGCAACCUUUCUCUUUGCAUGUAUUUAUGCGCUGAUAUGGCAUAGAAAGGGGGAAAGAAUACAGUUUCUCCUUUGCAAGAAGACUAGCAGCAACACUGAAAAGAAUUAUGAAGCCAUGAUAGUGUCAUAUGGGUCCCUAGCUCCCAAAAGAUACAUGUACUCAGAGGUAAUGAAGAUAACGUCUUCUCGCAACAAUCAGCUUGGGAAAGGUGGUUAUGGUGUGGUUUUCAAAGGAAGACUACAUGAUGGACGUCUAGUUGCUGUGAAAUUCUUGCAUGACUGCAAAGGAAAUGGUGAUGAGUUUGUGAAUGAGGUUAUGAGCAUUGGCAGGACCUCUCAUGUUAAUGUUGUUAGCUUAUUUGGGUUUUGUUUGGAGGGAUCAAAACGAGCACUUAUAUAUGAGUACAUGCCUAACGGUUCUUUGGACAAGUACAUUUACUCGGAGAACCCGAAAGAAAUUUUAGGAUGGGAGAGGCUCUAUGCGAUAGCAGUCGGUAUUGCUCAUGGCCUAGAAUACUUGCAUCAUGGUUGUAAUACACGGAUUGUUCACUUCGAUAUCAAGCCUCAAAAUAUACUUUUAGACAAGGAUUUUAGCCCAAAGAUUGCUGAUUUUGGUCUAGCUAAGUUGUGUCAUGCAAAGGAGAGUAAGCUUUCAAUGACUGGUGCUAGAGGAACCAUUGGCUUCAUCGCUCCAGAAGUUCACUCUCGAACCUUCGGAGUGGUUUCAACCAAGUCAGACGUUUAUAGUUAUGGAAUGAUGCUUUUGGAGAUGGUUGGAGGCAGGAGAAACGUGAAAUCAAUUGUUGAAAAUUCCAGCGAAAAGUAUUUUCCAGACUGGAUUUACGACCACUUUGCACAACAUGAUGGAUUACAAGCAUGUGAAGUCACAGGAGAAAUUGAGGAAAUUGCAAGAAAGAUGACCUUAAUUGGCUUGUGGUGCGUACAAAUAUUGCCUACAUAUCGCCCUACCAUAAGCAAAGUUCUAGAAAUGUUCGAGAGAAGCUCAGAUGACAUGGACAUGCCACCCAAACAGAACUUCUCUGGAUUGCUUGAAAAUUCAGCUCACAACAUGAAUGUACAAAGUUCAAAUUCUAAAAGAUCCGAGGAGAUAAGACAUGUAAAUUCAAGAAUGUUGCAGUGAUUACCAAUUCUUUGAGAAGGUGACUUGUACCAGAGAUAAACAAGCGCAGCGGAGUUCAGCAAUGUAUCAUAAAACAAACAUAUAUAAUUGUCAAUGCACCAUUGCUUAGAAAUUCCUUAGUUUCAGGCAAGCAUCUCAGACUUCCAAUUUACUUUGAGAUACCAUCACUUUUUCUUUCUUAUAAAUUACAGAGAAGGCUGUCUAAUGGUGGAAUUGACAAUUUGAGUAGCAUGUGCAAUACACCGUUAUGCCACGUAUGCAUAAACUAGAGCAAUGCGGCACUCUCUGGAACAAUGUGUAACUUGCUAUUCUGGUAACAAAAAGUACUUUGAUAAAUGUAUUUCUGUAGUUCCGUUAAUCAGAAGUAUUGCCCAAGUUAGCAAAAUCAG